AUGGGGCAUGAAUAUCGUGGGGUCAUUUCCCAUAGCGAUUGGUCAGCAGAGUUUCCUGCUCGUCGCAGUGGAUUACUUCUCAAAGUGGGUGGAUGCCGAACCACUCGCAAGGAUAAGGAGUGGUGCCAAGGCAUCCAACAAGCCUUCACCUCAAUAGCCUACCCCCAGAGCAACGGUCAUGCAGAAGCCACAAACCGGGAGAUCCUUAGAGGCUUACGAGCUCGGCUCAACCACGUAGGAGGUAGCUGGGUCGACGAGCUCCAAAGUGUCUUAUGGGCACUUCGCACGACUCUAAAAGAAGUGACUGGCAUAACAUCAUUCCAACUGGUGUAUGGAGGAGAAGGAUUGGUCCCCGCAGAGGUUGGAGUAGAAUCCGACCAGGUGCAACUCUACGACGAGGGAAAUAUCGAGCAGAGGUUAGUGGAGCUUGACUUGAUGGAUGAAUUGCGGGAUAAAGCCACCAUCCAGCUAAUGGCAUACCGAUAG